UUUUGGGACAACCCAAAAAAGAAAUAAGACAACCAAAUGGGACGGAGAGAGUAUUAAAUUUCUAUUAAUGUGAAUUUUCGCAAUAUUAAUUUUUCAUAAUAUUUACUCAUGCGUAAUUAAAUUUGUUCCAAAUUGUUUUGCAAACUCAACAUUUUUUGAGCAACCAAUGUCAGGGUCCGUUUGUUACGAUGUAAAGUAAACAUUUUGUGCGUAAAGUGUGGGGAAGUAAACAGUUUACACCGUUUGUUUUAAUUAUAUAUUUAAUGUAAACUGUAUGACACUUUUUAAAAACAUUUUACAUCAUACUAUGUAAACUAUUUUACGUGCGGUGAUGGUAGUAAACUGGUUUACAUCCGUUCAAUGUAGUAUAUAUGUUGGGUUUUUCUUUGUUUUCUUGACCCAUGAGGAAAGCCCAAGUAUUGACCCCAUUAAAAGUUUCUUUGUCUUUCUAUUUUUGGGAGCUAAUAAUAAUAAGGGGUCAGCCACUAUCUCAAAUACAAGGAUAGAAAGAGAACAACAGUUAAGAGCAAAAGUCACAAAACAUGAGCUGAAAUGCUCAUCUCGUUUUUCCAGCAGGCAGCAAUGGAAAAGUUCCGUUUCCCGAAGAUUGAAUUGUUGGAUCGUCGUGAUUUUUGGACAGUAGCUUCACAGUAUUUGGGCCAACAUUCUGGACGGUGGAGAUCGGCUUUUGAGGUCUGGAGGUCCGGUUUCGUUGGUCUAGACAGUAGCUAUUUUCUGGUGAUGUUUUUUCUUAUCUUGGCUCUAUUUGAUUCCCUAAACCUUGAUGUGCUUAUUUCCAAGGAUAUGAUGAUUUUGUAUGCCUCUAGUAAUAUAUAGAGAAGACUUUGUACUGCUCCUUUGAUGAUGAUGAUAGUGGAUUUAAGCGGCCAAAAUGGUCCCAUAGUUUUUCCCUAGUUAACGGGUUUUC